GGUGGAUGGAGGAGCGGACGCAAGCUACUCGUGCUUCCGGACCGUCUUUUGUCGCGGUGCCAGUGGAAAGGGACGCGUCUUUGAUGUUCGAACUUCACGAAGUAGCGAUCGCCGAAAUCGCAUCUGGAAAGGGCGGCUUUGAGGACUCGUCUCUCAGUUCCAACCGCGCAACCAGUAGAACAGGACGUCGAGCAGGGACGACGACAACUUCUGCUGCAAUUACAUCGCACGAUGUUGCGGCGCCAGAGGUUUCUAUUACAGUUAUCUCCAGUGCAACUGACGUCUCGAAAUCUGGACCUGGAAAGCUCCACUACCGGUCGCGGCAUUACCAGUUCGUGGUGCGCAUGUUUCGGCACGCGUACGAGCGAAGCGUUUUUGGAAUCCAGGGAUGGAACCGCGUCUUUUUCCUGCCGACGCAGUUUUUCAACCCCUUGGAAAUUGAGUGGCAAAUGCUCCGGAACGCCAUCCUGCGGGUGAAGCAGCAAGCCAGGACUGGUGGAGUGUCUGCUUCGAACCGUACACAGGAGCACGUGGCUGUCAUGGUUCAGCGAAAGGAGCACGCACUCGCCGCACAGCUUGCUCUGGUGCAGCCUAGAAUUCCUGUUGGCAAGGGCGGUCGUCGAGGCAGUAGCGCUACAACAGCGCAUCCUGAGUACUGUGCACGGAAGUACGGGCUCACAAAACAAAUGUGGAAAGUGGCAAAUGCUUUAUAUCACAAAGCAGGACUAGCGCAACGCGACCAACAGCAGGUAAAAGUAGCGGCUUCCAAGUCUGCGACCACAGAGGAGAAGGGGGCUCUCGAAGGUGCAGACCUCGGACCGUCGAAGCUGGAUCUCUUAUGGAAGCACGUGGACUUCAGCACCUAUCUGUUUUCCUAUCACCGGUGUUACGGCGCCUUCUGCCACGGCGCGUGGGCUGCGGAGGAGCGGGAGUGCCUGGCCGUGUCCGCGCUUGACCGUCACACCUGGAUGCAGAAGGAUCAGCCGCAUGGAUUUAUGAAGUUUUUCUACACCGCACGGAAACAGGAUGUUUUAAUACAGAAAAGGAAUCAACAGGCGCAGCGAAAUCCGGACGGCGCUGAAAGGAACCACAAUUUCACGGUCGCGAGACGAGAGGAGAGCCUUGCGGUCGCUACCGCUUCUCGUACAACAACAUUUAGUGCCGCUACAAGCAGAGGCGGAUCUGGCGCUGUUGGUCCUUUGGACAAAAGAACAGAGGUCUCCAGGAGAAAAAUCGCUGCUUUGUCUAGUUUCUCCGCAACCGUGCUGCGCCGGAAAAGGCCCUUUGAGGAAAUGGAGAAUUAUCCACCGAGGGAGGAUGUGGAGCGGAAUGACGACGAUUCGGUCCUUGAUCUGUACUACCGCAUGUGCGAUGAGGAUGAAGAGACAAGCGUUGCGCAAGCAAAUAUUGAAGCGGGAGGCUUGGCUUUGUAUAAGAAAAGUGAUCGAAGUCGAAGUGCAGCUGCCUGUCUCACCGCAGUCGCACAGAACAGGCUGGCCGCUUCUCUGGCCGCGCAUCUGCGGCCCGGUGGCGGCGAUUUGCGAUCCCAAAUUUUUGCGGUGCACCACUACGACGGCUCCUGGCUGCCUGGCGCAGGCGGCCACGCAUCGGACCGAAAAGACAUAAAGUCGCGACUGCAGCUACGUGCGUAUUUGCGUAAACGUGAACAGAAGGAGCACCCGCCCCGUGCACUGUAA